AUGGCGGCCAGCGUGACGGGUGACAGGCAGGCCACCCGGAGCCUCAGCGCAUUGGCGCAGAAGGCGCAGUGGCAGAAGGCACUGCGACUCUUCGAGUCCCUGCCGCGAUGGAACGUGAUCCACGCGAGCUCGCUGCUGACAGCCCUGGAGCGCGGAGAGAGGUGGCAGCGGGCUCUGCGCCUGCUGGAGGACAUCGAGGAGAGGCUCCAGCCCGACACCAUCUGCUUCAAUGCCGCCAUCAGCGCCUGCGCAAAGUCCCAGAAUUGGCGCUCUGCCCUGCAGCUCCUCCAGCACAUGGACGACGCGCAGGUGGCCCCCAGCCCAACGAGCUUCGGCGCCGCCAUCAUCGGUGCCACGAGCGGCGGCUGGGCUUUGGGCGUGGCGCUGCUGGCGGCCAUGGACCGGCGCCAAGUGCCCAGGAACACGGUGACCUACAGCGCGGCCAUCUCGGGCUGCGAGAAGGCGGCGAACUGGGCCGCCAUGUUGGUCCUCCUGGACGAGAUGCUGGGGGAGGAGCUGCGCCCCAACGUGGUGACCUGCAGCGCCUGCGUUGCCGCCUGCGAGAAGGCCCGGGAAUGGCAGCGGGCGCUGGAGAUGCUGCGGUCCACGGCCGCCCUGGAAGUGCGGGCCAACGUGGUGUGCUACAACUCCGCCGUCUCCGCCUGUGAGAAGGGCUCUCAGCUGCCACUGGCCCUGGAGCUGCUGCAGGCGCCGAAGUGUGGGGCUCGAGGCUGA